AUGAGUGCGUUCGGUAAUUUCGGCCAAAAUGCGAACAACACGAACAAUAACGCAAACAAUGCUCAACCUGCCCCGACGGGCGGUGCUUUCUCAAAUCUAGGUUCUAAUCCCGCGCCAGGCAGCGCGUUUGGCGGUGGAAGUCUGUUUGGUCAACAAAACCCACCAGCGGCAGGAGUUAGUUUGUUUGGCCCUGGCGCAAAUGCAGGAGCAAACACAGCAGCAGCCCCAGCACCUGCAAGUGGUGGGCUAUUUGGUGGGGGGAGCAAUGCUGCAGCGCCUGCUGCAGGUGGCAGUCUUUUCGGCGGAGGUGGUGGCGCCAAUCCUCCAACCCCUGGUGGUAGUCUCUUCGGCGGAAACACCAACACGACAAACAACGCAGCACCCGCACCGGCCACUGGGUCUCUAUUUGGCGGUGGAAAUACUGCGAACAACGCGCCUAAGCCUGGCAGCCUGUUUGGCGGAGGAGCUGCAACAGGAAGUGGGCAACCAACCGGGUCUUUGUUUGGCGGAAAUGCAGGGGCGGCGGCAGGUAGUACAGGGGCUGCAGCGGGAGGAAAUACAGGGGCUGGGGCUCCCGCUACAGGCAGUUUGUUCAGUGGAGGCCUCUUUGGAGCGAAACCUGCAGAUUCAAAUGCUGCUCCAAGUGCGCCCAAACCGCCGGGAUCACUCUUCGGUGCACCUUUAACAGCCAACACGAAUACCCCCGGCACAUCUGCUCCGGCCACUGGGGCACAACCGUCACUUCUUUCCCGGCUCGGUGGCGAUGCGCCAGCGCCUAGCACCUCGCCGGCUCCUGCACAAGGUGGCCUACUUGGAGGUAGUCUGUUUGGCACAAAAAAGCCUGAUACUCCUGCCGCCACCACACCAGCAGCCGGGACUUCCGCUGGUGGUUUCACCUUGGGUGGUGCCAAACCGUCUACACCUACUCCCGGAGGUAGUCUAUUUGGUAAUACCGCGAAUACAACUGGUACCCCUGCGACAGGUAGCUUGUUUGGAAACAAGGACGGGGCCACUACACCAGGUGGAACCACUGCAAACAAGGAUGCCGCCGCCCCAGCUGCCGGCCUCAAUCUUUUUGGGGCUGCAACCGCGAACAAGCCAGAAGAAAAGAAAACGACGACUGCAUCACCAUUCAACCUCUUCGGUGGUGGGAACACCGGAGCUGCUUCGACAGCAACUUCAACAGAGAAGAAGGAUGGUGCCACAUCAACGGCCGCAACGACAGUAACGGCGCCCGCGGUCUCCGUAGCACCUCCGUCGAUGCUUCGAGGGAAAAGUAUCGAGGAAAUUGUGAACCGAUGGUCUUCUGAGCUCGAGACGCAUGUGCGCGAGUUCACGAAGUACUCAACAGAAGUGGCUGUCUGGGAUCGAGCCCUGUAUGAGAACGGGAACAACCUCGCUGCCCUGUCUGCACACGUGCUGGCUGCCGAACGGGAACAAAAUGAUAUUGACCAGUCCUUGGAUCAUAUCGAACAGCAGCAACGGGACCUCGGUGCUACGCUAGAAGAAUACGAGAAGCAGGCGGAAGAGAUUCUGGGGAGGCAAGGUGGAUCGUUGAGGUCGCUCGAUACUGGCCCUGCGGAUUCCGAGAGGGACAAGAACUACAUGCUCGCGACCGAACUUCACAGUCACCUUGACGACCUUUCAUCCUCACUCACUCAACUCAUCGACUCCGUCAAUGCCGUCUCACUUUCUGCCAUCCCUCCCUCAUCUUCAGACGCCGCAAAAUCCAACGAAGACUCGAUGGCAGGUAUUGCUCAGGUUUUGAGCAACCACUUGGAGAGCUUAAACUGGAUCAACACGUCCUCAAAGGAGCUGGAGGCCAAGGUUGGAGAGGUAGAGAGCAGGGUAAGAGAUGCGGGUAUUAGUGUCAAUGGCAAUGUGGGUCAAGGGGCUACCUUGGGGUCGGGGACAGGUGGAUAUAGUGGGAGGUCGAGGGGAUUCGGGGUGAAUCGGUGAUGCGUUUUCGGCCUUGGAGAUCUGUAUGAACCAGUGUGGUUUGUUGUUUGUUUCAUGAUGACUUUUCUGUAUCUACUAUC